AUGUUGUUCUUUUCACUGCAGACUCGGAUUUGUCCAGCGCCCUCAUUUUUGACGUCAUUGCGUGCUUCGAAGGCCGUUGUUUAUAUAAACCGACUUAACAGAGAUAUUUCACCGACGGAGAUAUUUUACAUUACCGAGCUUCUAGCUGAGGUGAAUCAAGAGUUCCCAGGUCAUCUUCAUGCUCGUGUACGGAAAGCUUGCACAGAAUUAAAUAAUUAUAUGUUGCGGUUGUUGCCCUGUGUGGAUCUGGCUCUUGUUGGACUCUCGGAUUCAAUUUGCAUGAAUAUCGAUGCUGCGUUUGCGUUCAGCAACGAUUCAUCGGUUUAUGGGACUUCUGUUUGCUCAUGUAUGCGAGCAAUAAGAUUAAAUUGCGGUAUAGAUAUCGGGUAUUUCACUUUCCGAAAGUCACGGAUAUAG